GAUUAAUUAUAUGGAGGGUGAAUGCCGCUUUGCGCAAAAUCAUCACCAUUUAAACGUUUAAAGUAAAGCAAAGUUUUGGAAGAAAUUAAUUUCAGAUGUGGAAUUAUCUUAAAAAGUCAGAUUAUAAUUAUAUUAAACAGUACAAAUUUUAUACAGUUUAUAUAAUGAUAGAAUGUAAUGUUUGUGAGCAUUUUGAUAGGAUUCACACAUUUUUAAAUUUUGAAAAGACGGCUACACUUUGCCGAUAAAAAUACCCUAGUUCGAUCAUGGUAUGGUUGCGUGUAUAGUUUCUGUGAAUUAUCUCCUUUCGGAUUUAAAUAAACUCGCUCGGAAAUGGGCUCGGAAAAGCGGCACUUCGUUUCAACCACUUUGGCGGAUUACGCUACGGACAAGAAGGGUGGUGCUGCUUACUAUGAGGAUGGUCGGAACUAUGACGCUAUGCAAACUGCCAAGGCAAUCUACUACCAGAAUCCACAGAAAUACGAGGCGGAGAGAAAGAACUUUACGUAUUCCCAACAGAGUUAUGGGACCUCACACAGAACCACUCGUAACACAUACUCGGGGCGGGUUGAUGUCGUCGUUGAACAUUGGACCGGUUGUACGAACCAGGGAGUAGCAGACGACAUUCGGAUGGCCGUGGAAGAUAACUUUCGGGAUGUAAAGUUCACCGAGUUUAUAGGAAGAAUUGAUUCAUUCGAGGUGUUUGUAAACGGUAAGCUGCUGUACUCCAGAGUGAUGCAAGGUGGCUAUCCGUACGAAGAAGAGGUAUUGGAAGCUGUUUGGCGUGCCAAACAUGGAAAGGAAAUAUACCAAGUGGACAGAUUUGGUGGCUCUAGUUCAUGCCACGUACUUUAAAACACCCUCGCUGUGAUAAUGCUCAUUUCAUUUUAUGCUUCAGUCCACAUUAAUUUAUUUCAAAAUUUGUAAUUUCUUCCUUUGCAAACACUGCUAUAUAUUAUGUAUUUGUUCUUUAUGUUUUAUCCAGUCCUGUAAGUGUAUUAUAUAGUAUGUAAACCUCCGAUAAAAGGAGGCAAUAAAGUUGUGUUAACAUGAACAAAGCAUUUUACCUUAGCU